GAAGGCUUAGUUCAGAAAUGCAGAGAAUGAAGACUAAGCUAAUGUUGUCACCAUUCACACUCUCCUCACUCCUCCGUCGCGAAAAAGACCCAAAGCUAGCUCUUCAACUCUUCCUCAACCCUAACCCGCAUCACUCAAAUGCCAAACCAUUUCGUCACUCUCUCCUCUCCUACGAUCUCAUCAUCUCCAAACUCGGCAGAGCCAAAAUGUUCUCCGAAAUGGAAAAUGUCAUGGAAAACUUGAAGAAAGACACCCGAAUUAGUCAGGAAGAAAUAAUUUUCUGCAACAUUAUGACGUUCUACGGCCGAUCGCGCUUGCCCAGUAAGGCCCUCCACCUGUUCGACGAAAUUCCCUCAUAUCGAUGCCGAAGGACUGUGAAAUCAGUGAACACGUUGCUGAACGGGCUCCUUGUAUGUCACGAAUUCGAUAAGAUGAUGGAGGUUUAUGACCGGAUUGAGGAUUACGGGAGCCCUGAUGCUUGUACGUACAACAUUCUGAUAAAUGCAUUUUGUGUGAUGGUUGAUUUGGUGAGCGCGCGGAAGGUGUUUGAUGAAAUGCUGAGGAGAGGGGUUGAGCCUAAUGUGGUGACAUUUGGGACUUUGAUUAACGGGCUUUCCGCGAAUUCGGAGCUGGAUGCGGCUUUCAGUUUGAAGAGAAGGAUGGAGAGGGAUUUCAAAAUCAGACCUAAUGCACAUAUCUAUAUAGCUUUGAUGAAGGGGCUUUGUAGGGUAUUUCGAUUGGAUGAGGCCAUUAGGUUGAAGGGUGAGAUGUUGAGAAAGAAGGUGGAAUUGGUUCCUGCGGUUUAUUCUACAUUGAUCAGUGCGUCUUUCAAGGCUAAUCGAAAGGGGGAGGUUUCUGGAUUGUUGGAGGAGAUGAGGGGAAACGGGUGUAAGCCCGAUACAGCAACUUAUAACGCAAUGAUACAUGGAUAUUGAGAAUGAGUUUGGGUUGGCUUUUGGGGCUUUAAGUGAGAUUGAGAAAGACGGCUGUGAAAACGGACAUAAUUCUCCAAGACUCCAACUAAUCAUGUUCAAUAGAAAACAAGAAAAGUUGUCUUGUCACCUAGUUAAUUUUGUUAUGUUUAAUUA